AUGAGUGAGAUUGAAGAAAUCGCUCACGCGAUUGCUGGAGCUGGUGGAGGAGCAUUGAGUAUGGUUGUGACUUAUCCAUUAGUGACUCUCUCAACAUUAGCUCAGACUACGAGGAAGACAGAAGCACAAAAGGAUUUGAAGGAACAAAAGGUCCCUACUGAACUUCACAAAAAACUAGCUUUUGCAAUCACCAAUUCAGCUUCAUGGAAAGCAGCCGAAGAGAUAAUUCGUACUAGAGGUGUGAUAGGCUUAUACUCUGGAUUGGAAAGUGCGCUUUAUGGUAUUACAUUAACAAACUUCAUUUAUUACUACUUUUACGAAUUUACUUCCAAUGUAUUCUUGCGGGCUAAUAGUGGAACCUCUAGACGUGGCAAAGGGCUCUCAACAAUUCAGUCGAUUAUUACUGGUGCUAUUGCAGGUUCUUUUACGUGCGUAGGGUCGAAUCCGUUCUGGGUAGCCAAUACUAGAAUGAUGACAGCUAAGAAGAAUGACAGUGACGACUCAAAGGUUCCAAAUUCGACCCUCAAAAUGAUAAUAGAUAUUAUUGAAAGUGAUGGAAUUGCAACGUUAUUUGCUGGCGUGCUUCCUGCAUUGGUUCUAGUGAUUAAUCCAAUUAUCCAAUAUACUAUUUUCGAACAGAUUAAGAAUUUGAUAAUUGCUCGAAGUGGAAAGCGCUCUUUCACCGCUGGUAAAGCCUUUUUCAUUGGAGCUUUUGGCAAGUUAAUUGCUACGUUUUUGACUUAUCCGUAUAUUACAUUGAAGUCUAGAAUGCAUGUUAAGAAGAAGAAGUUGUCGAAGCAAUCGGAUCCAAAGGAAGUGGAAUUGUCUAUGUAUCAAGAGAUCAGAAAAAUUUUGAGAGAAGAGGGUUUUGAAGGUCUCUAUGGUGGCUUAUCUAUUAAAUUAGUCCAAUCAAUCAGUACAGCCGCUUUUCUCUUUUAUUUUAAGGAAGAGUUAUUGCAAGGUAGUGUCAAAUUAGUUGAAGUUUUUAGACUAAUGAAAAUGAAGAAAGCUAUCAACUGA